GCUAUGGAAACAUCGUGAAAGGCUUCGUGAAUUUAAAGCGUGCCCGGCAUAAUCUGCUCCCUGCUGCGCGUGAAACCAAGCGCGAGAUAAAGAGAAGAGCCGCAGAGGGUUAGAGGAGGAUUUGAAUGAAGACAUCAUGAUGGCACCAUUUUGCUCUUACUCUUGUAUCAGCUCCUCGCUGUGUCUCCUGGCUUUCUUGCUCCUCCAGCCUGUUGUUGGGACGCUGGGAUGGGAUGAACUGGUGGUUCCUACCAACAAGGGUAAAGUCAGAGGUGUAAAACUGUCUGUCCCUGGCAGCUCUGGAACAGUGGUUGGCUUCCUGGGCAUCCCCUACGCCAAGCCUCCGUUGGGCGCCCUUCGUUUCAGUCGCCCAGAACCUGUGGAGGCGUGGAGCGGCGUGAGGGAUACAAGCCAGUUUUCCAAUUCCUGCUGGCAAUCUGUGGACACUAAGUUUCAAGGGUUUGCUGGAGCCGAGAUGUGGAAUCCCAACACCAAGCUCAGCGAGGACUGCCUUUACUUGAAUGUUUGGACUCCUUCUGGAAGACUUCAAGACCCUCACCAAGCCCUAGUUCCAGUAAUGGUGUGGAUCUAUGGUGGUGGAUUCUCUUCUGGUACUGCUUCGCUUGAUGUGUACGAUGGACGGUACCUCAGCCGAUCAGAAGAAGUGGUAGUAGUGUCCAUGAACUAUCGAUUGGGACCUUUGGGAUUCUUGUCGCUACCCGGAAGCGAAGAGGUAAAAGGAAAUGCGGCUUUGUUUGACCAGAGACUUGCUCUAACUUGGGUUGCAGAGAACAUCGCCGCCUUCGGAGGAGACCCAUCGUCUGUGACUCUCUUUGGGGAAAGUGCUGGUGCAGGAUCCAUUGGUCACCAUGUGCUUUCCGUAGGCAGCCAUGCCUUGUUUCAUCGAGCCAUUCUACAGAGCGGUUCCCCCAAUGCAGUUUGGGCAGCUGUGGAGGCAACUGAAGCAUGGAAUCGAUCCUUGACACUCGCAGAUCUUCUGAAUUGCCCAAUUGGACCAUCUUCCAAUGAAGUGUUGACCUGCUUACGUACCAUAGAUCCAGAGAAGAUUGUUAACCAACAGUACACUGUUAUCCAUGACACCACAAUUCUAAACAUACCGUUCCCUCCAACGGUGGAUGGUGACUUCCUCCUCGACAUGCCCGAAGUCCUAAUGCAGUCUGGACAGUUCUUGAAUACUGAAAUUCUGCUCGGUCUGAACCAGGACGAAGGUCCCUACUUUCUGAUAUAUGGCGCAAAAGGAUUUGGACUUUCCCACCAGAGUUUGAUCACCAGAGAUCAGUUCCUCCAAGGAGUCGCCUCCAGUCUUCCAGGGUUUAGCGAGAUGGCUCGGGAAGCUGCUGCCUUUCAAUACACCAACUGGAUGGACGAGCUCAGUGGGCAGAAGAACCGAGACGCUUUGGGCUGGUUGGUCGGAGACCGCUACUUUUCUUGCCCCCUGCUUGAUUUCGCUCGUAAGUACGUGGAGCACGGAGGCAGUGCCAGCCUGUACCUCUUUAACCAUCGCUCCAGUUCCAACGCCUGGCCCGAGUGGAUGGGGGUGAUGCACGGAGACGAGAUCGAGUUUGUGUUCGGGCUCCCGCUGAACAGCUCUCGAGGCUACACUGAAGAGGAAGUGGCCAUGAGCAGGAGGAUGAUGAGACACUGGGCCAACUUUGCUAAAACAGGGAACCCGAGUGCCGGGGGAUCUGCAUGGCCGCCGUUCACAGUGGAGCAGCAGGAGUACGUUAGUCUGAACACCAGCCCACCACAGACCCUCAGGAUGCUCCGGGCUCAGCAGUGCAAGUUCUGGAACAGCUUCCUGCCUAAACUACAGCAUGUUACUGUGAGUAUCGACGAGGUGGAGCUGCAGUGGAAGACUCAGUUUCAUCGCUGGCUUUCUUACAUGCUGGACUGGAAGAAUCAAUUUAACGACUACAGCUCGGUGAAAAAGCAGCAGUGUGAGAACCUUUAAUGUCAGCGCCGCUUUUCUUCUCCAGCGCCGGCCAGUGCACUUUACGAGUCAAUACAGCUACAAAAGCCAAUGCACGCACAUGACAGGGGGACUAUGUGUUCUUUCAUACACACCGACUGUAGCCAAACAUACAUCUUUUUAAGUAUGUGCCUUUCUGUUUUUUUAUUUAAGCCGUCACUCAACGGUGCACUCAAUACGGCCUCGAGCUAGACUGUGUUGCUUGAUAUAGUGAGUUCAUACUGUAGUGUAUUAUAGUAGGCCGGUGAUCGCCCGAGUUUAGUCGAGUUUCUUCCUGAAGCGUAUACAGUGCCUUGCAAAAGUAUUCGGCCCCCUUGAAUUUUUUACCCUUUUGAAAUUUUGAAAUUGUAAUUUUUUUUUGUGAAAAAUCAACAAGAAGUGGGACACAAUGAAGUGAAGUGGAACGAAAUGUAUUGAAUAUUUAAUUAUUAUUAUUAUUUUUUUCCAAAUAAAAAAUUGAAAAGCCUUCUUGCGUUAAUACUUUCUAGCGCCACCUUUUGCUGCGAUUACAGCUGCAAGUCGCUUGGGGUUUGUAUUUCUCUAUCAGUUUUGCACAUCGAGAGACUAAAAUUUUAGCCUAUUCUUCCUUGCAAAACAGCUGGAGCUCAGUGUGGAUGGAUGUUUGGAUGGAGAGCGUCGGUUUUUGAACAGCAGUUUUCAGCUCUUUCCACAGAUUCUCCAUUAGAUUCGGGUCUGGACUUUGACUUGGCCAUUUUAACACCUGGAUAUGUUUAUUUGUGAACCUUUCUAUAGUAGAUUUUGCUUUAUGUUUUGGAUCAUCGUCUUGUUGGAAGAUAAAUCUCCGUCCCAGUCUCAGGCCUUUUUUGCAGACUCCAACAGAAUUUGGAAGUUUUCUUCCAGAAUGGUCCUGUUUUUGGCUUCAACCAUCUUCCCAAAUCUGUCCCUGCUGAAGAAAAUCAGGCCCAAACCAUGAUGCUGCCACCACCGUGUUUAACAGGGGGGAUGUGAGGUGUGUUCAGGAUGAUGAGCUGUGUUGCUUUUACACCAAAUAUAAUGUUUUGCAUUGUGGCCAAAAAGUUUGAUUUUGGUUUCAUCUGCCCAGAGCACCUUUUUCACAUGUUUGGUGUGUCUCCCAAUUGGCUCGUGGCUUUAACUUUAAAUGAGACAUUUUAUGGAUAUCUUUGAGAAAUUGCUUUUUUCUUUCCACUCUUCCAUAAAAGCCAGAUUUGUGCAGUGUACGACUGAUUGUUGUCUUAUGUCCUCAGCUGUAGAUCUCUGCAGUUCAUCCAGAGUGAUCAUGGGCCUCUUGGCUGCAUCUUUGAUCAGUCUUCUCCUUGUUUGAGCUGAAAGUUUAGAGGGACGACCGGGUCUUGGUAGAUUUGCAGUGGUCUGAUCCUCCUUUUAUUUCAAUAUGAUCACUUGCACACAGUGCUCCUUGAGAUGUUUAAAGCUUGAGAAAUCUUUUUGUAUCAAAAUCCAGCUUUUUAAACUUCUCCACAACAGUAUCUCAGACCUGCCUGGUGUGUUUUUCCUUGGUCUUCAUGAUGUUGUCUGCAUAGCUUUAAACAGAACUCUGAGCCUAUCACAGAGCAGGUGCAUUUAUAGUCUUUAUUACUCACAGGUGGAUUCUAUUUAUCAUCAUUCAGAGAUCCUCACUCAACUUCUGGAGUGAGUUUGCUGCACUGAAAGUAAAGGGGCUGAAUAAUAUUGCACGCCCCACUUUUAAAUGUUUUAUUUAAAAUAUAUAUAUAUAUAUUUAAAAUAUCCAGUAAAUUUCGUUCCACUUCACUUCAUUGUGUCCCACUUGUUGUUGAUUCUUCACAAAAAAAUACAAUUUCAGAUCUUUAUAUUUGAAGCCUGAAAUUUGGCAAAAAGUUGAAAAUUUCAAGGGGGCCGAAUACUUUUGCAAGGCACUGUAUUUAUUGUAUUAUGUAUUUAUUUCCCCUCUAACCUCCCUAUAUUAGAGCAUACCACACCAUACAUCGAUUUCUGAGCACAAUCCAACUGCUUUACAUUUUAUUGCAGCAUCAACUCAACUUUAAUGGAGUCCGUAAUGAAGCACUGAAGCCUUUUAAUGGUUUUUAAUGGUUUUAAUGUUUUUAAUGGUGCCUUAUGUUCCCGUCCGCUUUGUUUCUGUGAUGUAGAGCAACAUCUCAGCACAAACUAGUGCAGAGCAAGUAGUUAAACAAGUACAAGCUCAAGUACAGCAUGUUUUUGGCCAUCUUCACACGUUUCUCUUAGCAAAAUAUAGUAUAUAGCUGAUAAUCAUGUUGGUUCAGAAAUAACAACUAUGUACUUUCUCUAUUGAAGCAGAUCAACAAUCUACACAAAACUAAGCUUUCAAACAUGGUGGAGGUAGUUUCACAUGCUGUUAAUUAGGCCUGCCACAGUAACGCUAACAAUAUUUUUUGGAUAAUAUAAUGUCCAAGAAAUAAUUGCGAUCUAAUUGAUAUUAUUGACAUUUUAAGGCCAAUUCAUGACAAUAAUGUUAUGGUAACAUGAUAGUAUUGUAAUAUAAAUAAUAUAAUUCAUUUUCCUGAAUGAAAAGAAGAAAAUAAAACAGAGAGAAAAAGAGCAGAAAAAGAUCUAAUCUUAAUAUCGAACAUCAGAUCAGAUCAACAACACUUUUAGACUAAACUGCAGCUUUCAAACAUAGUGGAGGUAGAUUUUUUUAUACUGUUGGUUAGGCCUGUCAGAAUAACCCUAACAAUACAUUUUUGGACAAUAUAAUGACAUAUAAUGAAUGAAUUGUGAUCUGAAUGAUUGUCAGGGCCAGACAGGAAUGAGACUGGUGCAGAUACAAUAAAAUAACUUUAUUAAAAGUUAUAGAGCAGACAGGGGUAGUCAACGGAAACAGGGUCAGUGCCAAUAAUACACAGUGUAGAAAAACCAUACCAUAACCGGAGGACAGUCCAGAGUUCAUACACGGGUAGGCAGUAUAACAGGGUAGGCAAAAAUCCAAAGUACUAUAAACAGUCCAGGUCAUACACGGAUAUCCAACACAAGGGAGCAGGCAAAAAUCAAAGUCGGUAGAAAACAAAAACAAGAUCAUACACGGAUAGGGCAAGAGAGGCAAGGGCAAGAGAAACGCUUUGUAUUGCAGGUAUUACCAAACAGAUACUCGGCGAGGUGUGAGCGUGAGCAUGGUCCUUAAAUACUGUGGAUAAUCAGUGCUCGGGGCUUCCUGGUGGCGCCAUGUGAUGUGUCAUGUGAUCGGGAGUGUGUGUUGUGUCAUGGAGUGGUGCGUUCUGGGUAUUGUAGUUGUUACUGUGAGAAUCGCAGAUAGAGUGAUGGAGGUAGUUUAUAAAUACUGUUAAUUAGGCCUGUCACAAGAACGCUAACAAUACAUUUUUGGACAAAAUAUAGUCCAAGAAAUAAUUGCUAUCUUAAUGAUUUUAUUGCUAUUUUAAAGCCAUCUUAUAAUAGUGAUGUUAUGGUACAAUAAUAGUACUAUAAUAUAAAUAAAAAAAGUGUAAAUUGUAAUUGUAAAUUGAACAUAGAUGAAAUCUGAAGUAUGUUAAAGCUCCACUAGGUAGGAUUGAGAUUUUGUGCUCGUGGGCUCCUCCUACAUUUGCAGAGUGUAAUAAAUGUUUCAGGUCUCUUUCCAGCUUCUGUCAGAGUGUGUGUAUGUUAGUUUGUAAAGAAUGAACCAGUAGUCCUUGUAGAACUGUUAGAACUAAAGGUCGGAAAGCAGGUUGCAGUUCUUGCGAGCGUUGGUCGCGGCCGCCUCGGAAAACUUACUGGUUUGAGCUCAGAGGAGCUCCGGCACAGACACGAGAGCACCGCUACUCCUCCUAUUACACCUCAAUGCAGCGCUGCAGUGAGUUUCAAGCUGUAAUUUUACUUCUUUAAAAAGAUCAAAAAUCAAGGGAAUCCUACCUAGUGCUGCUAAAUGAAGUUAAAUGGACAAAAAAAACAGAAAAAGGUCUGCUAAUAAAGAUCAGAUUAACAACCCUUUUAGACUAAACUGCAGCUUUCAAACAUGGUGGAGGUAGUUUCACAUACUGUUGUUUAGGCUUAUUUUGUCCCAUUAAUAAAUGCGAUAAACAUUAUUCUUGUCAUGGUUAUGCCAUCUCAUGCUAAUGGUAUCACAUUCUUUUAAAGAGAAAUUACCUUUGAAUUAUUAAGAAUAUUUAGGAACAUAGAAUUAAUAUUUUGAAAAAUUCCAAAUAAAUGUAAAAUUAACACACAAAAAAAACAACAAAGUAGACAUCAAGCUCAUUCCUAUUAAUAGGCUCCUCUUAAUCAAUAUGAAAAUCAUAAUGGGAUACAUUAUAAUACAGUAAUAUAUUUUAUACAAUCAGUUGAAUAUUAUUGGCAAUUAUUGUAAUAGAUCUACUGAUUAUUGUAACUUAUUCUGACUUUUCACCAAACAUAUUUUCCAGUGAAAAGCAUAACGUAACAAUGUAAUCAAACAUCACAGUCUGUUUUAUGUGUCGAAAAUGUUGUGUGCCACUUUAUAAUAACUUUCUCCAAUAACUGUUUAGUUACACAUUAAUAAUCCAUAUAGUAACAGUGUAACUACUGGUGAAGUUGUUGGGGCAGCAAGUGGUCCAGUGGUCCAGCGGUCUAUGGCACUGCCACUAUGAAUGGGAGAUUGUUGAUUCGAAUCCCUGUCAUGCAGCUUGCCAUCAGCUGUCAGAACCCUGAGAGAGCACAAUUGGUCUUGCUCUCUCUGGGUGGGUACAGUAGAUGGCGAUCUUCUUUCCCCUCAUCACUCCUAGGGUGAUGUUGAUCAGCACAAGGCUGCGUCUGUGAGCUGAUGUAUCAUAACCGAGUCGCUGUGCUUUCCUCCGAGCGUUAGCGCUGUGAUGCUACUCGGCAAUGCUGCAUCAGCAGCAGUUAUUUCACAUGUAUCGGAGGAGGCAUGUGCUAGUCUUUACGCUCCUUGUGUUGUGGCAUCAUUUGUAUAAUCUACAACAAUGUGUACUUUACUAGUAGUUACACUGUUAUUACAUGAUCAGUGCAUAACUACACAGUUAUUAAAUACACUUAUUAUAAAGUGAGUCCGAAGGUUGGUAAAUUUAGAUGCAAAAAGGACACAAUAUUAAAACCUUACCUAUUAUCUAAUUAAUUCUAAGUGGAUCAUUUAGUUGUCAAUACUAAAGCAGAAACUGUAAUUUUACUGUUGUUUGGCUUAUGAGAUUGUCUGGAGUGUUUAAUGGUUUAAUAUAAAUAAUGACAUAAACUAACACAAUUAAUAAUGAUUAGAUUUGAUUCCAGGUUUAUAUUUAGGGACCUUUAAAAACCUUAGAGUUAAGAGAUCAAUGUAAACUGUAUAGAAUCAUUAAAUAUCUCAAAUGGAAACAUAAGCAGAUUCAUGUACUGUAUGUCAUGUCAUAUCUAUUUUUUUUUAUUUUAUUUUGUUCUUGUUGAUUGAUUACCCCUGUCUACUGUACUGCCUCUAGAUGUAAUUAUAUACUUAAUUACAUUGUAAUUUGCACAGUGAUGUAUAUUUGCAUUGGAUAUACAAACAUGUAUCAUCAGGAUUGUAUCUGUCCUUGCCUUCAGUUUCCUUCUGUGUCAAAAAAUGAUUAAAUAUAUAGAGAAAGAAUUUAAUAAA